UAAGUCGAGUCGAUAAAUUAUUCAUCUCUUCGCGAGCUUUUUUGAUACACACGUUUGCGUGCAAUUAACUCAUAUCGUGAUGCGUGUAUCUUUACGCGCAAGAUAACAAUUUCUAUAUUUAAUUCUCGAAAUGUAACAAUACAUACCGUAAAUGGUGUAAAUACGACAAUUUUUACGAGCCUACAAGUCGUAUAAUAUGGUGUGUUUCACUUUUUUAACUUCAAAAGUUCGCUAUUUUCACAAAAACACAGAAUUCCUUUACUCUGAAAAAUAUUGACGCAAAUAGUUCAUUUCGUGUACCAAGCUUGAAAUUUUCGUUGAUUUGCGCGAGUUUACACCUACCGAUGAAGUUUUUGUGUCCGAUUAUUAUGACAAUCAUGAUCGAUAAACAGCGACUGCUUGCAGAAAAAUACCUACAAAAACCUGGGUACAGAAGUAAGAUUAAUACCUACUUACUAAUACAACUGGAACUCUGCAAUUGAAAACCGUUCAUUAUCGGAGACUAAGUGAAAAAUGGAAAUGACAUUCACAAAAGAAUCGACUUGUGAAGACUCAAGACUGCAAUUUGGAGUCUAUUACACAAACAAUAUUAGUGUUUAUCUGAAUGUACCGAUAUACAUCAUUGGGGCGAUUUUCAACAUAUUCAAUUUAUUAGUAUUUACAAGGCAAACGAUGAGAUCACCAGUGAACCUGAUAUUCAUUCACUUGACCUUGGCAGAUAUAGCAUUGCUGGUAGGAGGUUUACCAUAUGCAUGGCUGAUACCCCAUUACAGCGGCAGUUAUGCUGAUGCAGAACGAACUUACCUAAAAGCAGUAAUAUUCAUACGAACUUAUGAUUUCACAAUCACCGCUCACUUCGUAUCAUCAUUUUUUACGAUACAGUUGGCUGUAUGGAGGUACAUUGCAAUUGCAUAUCCGUUGAAGGAACGUCAAUGGUGUAAUAUGAAAACUACUCGCAAUGUAGUGAUAGCUGGUUACAUUAUAUGCGUAUUGCUCAGCAUACCGAUGUAUAUAACACGUCAUAUCGAUGUUAAUAAAGCAUCCGGUGAUAAUCAAACACUCACUUAUACACCUACGUAUAAGAAAGAAUCCAUCAUUUAUGAGAUUUCACUCAUAGUCAACGGAGUGUUGUACCAAUUAGUGCCUUCAGUAGUGCUAUUAAUAUUUAGCUUGAAAUUGAUUUUUGUCUUACUGGAAUCACACAAGCAUUCGGAACAUCCGACCACAGAAUCGUUCAAUAUCCAAAAUAACAAAAUGAGCCGCAACACAAAUCAACAAACGGAUCGAUCAAUCAGCAUAUUAUUGACAGUCGUAGGAUUAUUUUUAAUCACCAAAAUUCCCUUGGGAAUAGUUCAAGUGAUAAUCACAAUUGACCGCAGGGCAAACUAUUUUGAUUGUUACAGGGGCUUGAUAAUAAUUCUAAAUACCUUGAACGCCUUUAAUUUAUUCCUCACAUUUAUAGUAUAUUACACGAUGAGUAAAAAGUUCAGAAUCACGUUCAAAUCUCUGCUCAACAAUUACCGUAAUUUAUCUCAAGAUAGUGCCACAUCCACACGAGGCAGGUCCAGGUUCGCCGGCGAUAGUUUCUAGGCUUUGGUUUCAUUUUAAGAAUUUUUUGUUUGGAAAAAUUUUUAAAAAGUGAUAAUGACCGAAAUAUUUGAAUUAGGUAUCUGGGAAAUUUCAACCCUUACUGAUAGGUCACCCAACAUAUUUUCAGAAAUCUCGAAAAUUAUAAAAAAUGCUCAAAAAAUGAGUGUAAGGUCUCCUCUGCACGGGAAAUUUUUAAAAUCAUGGAUACUUUUCAGUCAAGUUGAUUUAAUUCUUGAUCAGACACGAUCAUUACUUGAACCAGGGGUUCAGCUUGAGAUUUUCUUCAGUCUGACGUCCACCUCCAGUCAGAUGUGCCUGUAAUCAGUAAUCACGUGAGCCAUCAAACCAAAAUUUAAACUGAUCAGGUCUGGGCUGGUGUGAUCAUCUGGACCAAGUUUUCGGCCAAUUGACUUGUCUGACAUCACGAGAUCGUCUGUCUGCCGUCUGUCUUGACUCUCAACAAGGUCCCUAAUCUACUGGUCUUUCCUUGUCCUUGUCUGACUCUUGAGGUCAUUGACCCGUCAAUGUUGCUGCCCAACGAUGUUUGUCUGCAUAUAUCUGACCUCUUGAGGUCACUGAUACCUAUUGAUACCUAUACCAGCCUGGCAUCCCUGCAUCAAGGUCGUACGUCUGUCUGUCUGUCUGAUUCUUAAGGUGAUUGACCCGUCAAUGUAAGGUUACUGAACUAUACAUCUCUGACAUCCCAAGGUCAUUUGUCCGACUGUGUGACCCAUUGAGGUCACUCACCUAUACCUAUUUGACGUCCCAAGAUCGUCCAUCUGUCUGCGUCUGUCCGUAUAUCUGACUGACUGACUGACUGACAUGACUCACCUCGCAGGGUCACUGACCUAUACUUUCUGACAUUCCUAGGUCAUCCAUCUGCAUGUCUGACCGUCUGCAGUCACUGGCCUACACGUGUCUGGCAUCCCAAGGUCGUCUGUAUCCCUGUAUGACCUCUGAAGGUUUUUGAAAACCUAUACAUAUAUGGCAUUUCAAGGUCAACCGUCUGAAUGUCUGACCUUUUGAAGUCACUGACCUACACCUGGCUGACAUUCUAAGGUCAUCCGUCUGCUCAUCUGACUCAUUAAGGUCACUCACCCAUACUUUUUGACGUCCCAAGAUUAUACGUCUGUCUGUCUGUCUGUCUGUCUGUCUGUCUGUCUGUCUGUCUGUCUGACUGACUGACUGAGGGACUGACUGACCUCUCGGGGUCACUGACCUACAUUUGUCUGACAUCCUGAAGUCAUCUAUCUAUAUGUCUGAUCACUUGAGGUCACUGAACCAUGUGUGUCUGACAUCUCAAGGUCGUCUAUAUGCCUGUCUGACAUCCCAAGGUCAUUUGCCUGCCUGUGUGACCCAUUGAGGUCACUCACCUAUACCUUUUUCAAGUCCCAAGAUCGUCCGUCUGUCUGUCUGACUGACUGACUGACUGACCUUUCAGGGUUACUGACCUAUAUUUAUUUGACAUCCCAACGUCAUCCAGCUAUAUGGCUGCCCUCUUGAGGACACUGACCUAUAUAUGUCUGACAUACAUAUGCCCACAUGACAUCUGGAGGUCACUGACCUACACCUAUCUGACAUUCUAAGGUCAACUGUCUGCUUGUCUGACCUCUUGAAGUCACUGCCCUAUACAUUUCUGACAUGCCAAGGUCAUUCCUUUUUCUGUCUAACCCCUUGAUGUCACUCACCUAUGCAUAUUUGACGUCCCAAGGUCGUCAGUCUGUUUGUCCGACUGACCUCUCAAGGUCACUGACCUAUACCUGUUCGGUAUCUCAAGGUCAUUUGUCUGCUGAUCUGAUCUCUUGUGGUCACUGACGCAUACCUGUCUUGCAUCCCAAGGUCGUAUGUCCGCCUGUCCAGUUCAUCAAGGUCAUUGACCCCAUCGCGGUGGUUUUUCAAGACCAUUCGUUUCCUCAUUUUUUGGCUUCAACAUUUUCUUAAAAGGGUACCCAACAGCGUUUUAUAAAAAUUUAAAAAAUCCGAGAACAGGGAAAUUUUACUUACUUUACCUAUUAGGAGUACUCUCUCGACCAAUUUUGAAAUAUCUCAUCACACUUUUCCAAAUACAUAUCUUAAAAAUUAUCAUUUUUAAUUUUUUGGGCUCAAGAUUCUUCUCUACUCUCCUCCCAUCAUGCACUUACAUAGAUUUAUAAAUUCUCAUCCAAUUUUUUAAUUUUAAACCUGUAAUUUUGUCACGAUUUUUGUGAUUUUUGAAAAGUUCAAACGAGAUAGGUAAUGGUAUAAUGGGUUGAAUAAGAGCCUAACAGAAUAAAGUGGUGAAAUCGACACUUUCUCAAAUUUUGACAAAACUCACCCAAAAUGUUACUUUGGAUGUAAAACCAUCCAAAAAAUUUUUACAAGUCAACCCCCCCCCCCCUCAAAAUAAGCCCAUACUUGCUCAAAAUUCAAAAUCCCCUUUCUCUGGAGGAAAUGGUUCGAACAUUUUAAAAUUUUCAUAAAAAAUAAUUUUCAAAAAAUGUUUGUGUUGGGAGGGAGUUUUUUUUUGGGGGGGAAUUGAAAAUUUCAAAAUUUGUGAAACUCAAAAAUCGACGAAACAUGCUCAAAAAAUAAAAAUCUUGCAAAAAAGGUGCCUAUUUGUCAUUUUUAGCUCUGUCUGAACUUUCAAGGUCAAAUUUUUGAAAAAAAAAAUGAAAUUUCAAGCAACAUGAAAUUUGGCUUGAUGCACAAACACCCCAAAACGGAAAUUUCAAAAAUGGGAAAUUUUCACCAAGCCUCAUAGGAAGGAUCCGAUGGGAAGUGGUCAAAAGAGGGCCAGCCCUCCCCCACAAUUUUCAAUUUCCCCGUUUUUUACGAAAUUUUCAAAUUUACAGCCCCCUUCCCCCUAAACAAACUCCCAACAUGAAAAUUUUUAUGAAACAAAUUUCACACACGCACCAGCCUAAUAACUAUUUUUUUGUGAAAGUUUCAAAAUCUUUGGACCACCCUCUACGGGGAACGGGAAUUUUGAAUUUUCAGCACGUAUGGACAGAUUUCAUGGGUUGGGGGGGAGGGGCGGUCGACUUGGAAAACUUUUUGGGAUGGUUUUACAUUCAUACUAACAUUAUGAGCAAUUUUCGUCAAAAUUGGAGAAAACGCCAAUUUCAUCAUCUUAUCCUGAAAUUAAGCUCUUUUGUAAAAAAUAAAUCAAACAUUUUGACGAAUAUAUUUUUGAACAUUUAAACCAAUUUUUAUACUUAGAUCAUUAACAUUAUUUGAUACAUUUUUCAGGCAACACGAAAAUCCCGACCACAAUUUUGAACCUUAACUUUUUCAAAAAUGUCCAACACGAUUUUCGUCAAAAUAUUUGAAUUUCUCGCGAAAUUUUAACCCAAGUUGAUACGUCGCAUGACACCAUUUCAGAAAUCUUACAAAUAAUGACUCAAUAUUCAGUGCUCAAAAUUCUUCAAAAAUUCCUCAAAAACAUUUCCGUCAAAAUUCGUGAAAUUACUCGCGAUGUUUUAAUUGAUUUUGAUAUAGUUCAGGGUCACGCUUGAGUGCCUAAUAAUUCUACACAAAAGAGAGAAAUUGGAGGGGAAUGUAACUGUCUGCAGCGAUUUACUCGUAUAACUUUCGGUUCAAUUUGAGUGGAAUAUUUGCUGCUUUCAAAUAUGUAUUUAGGGACUUGUACCCAUACGCUCCUCUCGAAAUAGGUCUUCAAAAUACAAAAUUCAUUCCCACGUUCAUUUCACUCAUACCUAUUAUGUUGUAGUUUUGGUAAAUUUCGAGCAAUAAAAUUACGAAAAAAAAUUCUACCAAGUACAAUAAUAAAAAUCGGUGGGUGGUUAAACUACAAUAGCUGGCCAUUAUUUAAUGUGGUCGCAUGAGUAGAAACAGUAGUGAAAACAUUAUCAUAAUUUACGAAUAUGAUACUGAAUUAUAUUAUGUAUUACAAUUCUGAAAAAAAAAUCAACGACAUAAUACACGAAUAAAAAAAAACCUAAAUUCAAAUCAAACAUAUUUUUUUAAUAUUCGAAUUAUUACAAGAGAACUAUAAACCCAACCUACACAUUACUGCCUAUAUGAAGAAGUCGGAUCAAAGCACCUUAGUAUAUGUUACACUGUUACAGUAUGUUAAUAAGGACCCCCCUUUCACUAUACAUACACAAUUCGGCGAAACAAAAAUUGCGCUAAUUAAAUCGAAUAAAUCCACUAUAAUGGCACAUCUUUCUCAGGUUACCUACCGAUAAUUUUCCAAUUUCUAUUACCUUAUUGCAAAUCAACUCCAAGUUCAACCAGUUUAUCCCACGAGCAGAUCUAUACAAUUAUACUGUCGAUUGAUUUAUGAAACGUUUGGCAAUUUUAGCUGGUACACUCUGUAGUUUGUUGAUGUUGAAGUAUGGUAAAAAAAUAUAUAUUAUUCUCACAUGCUUCCUCGACGUGUGUUAUUCGCAGGUCUACUUUAAUUGAAGCAAUUUAAGUCGUACUUCAAAACAUAGUGGACAUAGACAAGGUACCUACCUCACCUAUAUCAAUUUUUUAUUCUAAUUAAACGCUAUGUAAUUUGAGAACCUAUCCUAAUCCUGUCAUUUAAUAAUGUAGAGGGGCGUAUUAUACGGCGCGAAUAAUAACAAUUUUUUUUUUUUACGUAAUUGGUAUUCGGGAAGUAAACUUAUUCAGUGCCACGCGCGUCGUUUUUCUUGUGUUUUUCGUAUUUUUAAAAGUUUACUUAGGUAAUUAAAAAAGUGAUUUUAGGACUGAAAAAUAUUUCUAAUGAUUUUUUUAAGAAAGUGCACGUGAGCUGAGGCAACGAAUUGAGAUCUAAAUCAGCUUCCUAUAGACACCUACCUACCUUGCCGGUGAACUUUGAAAAUCAGACAGAAUUUUAUCAAAUGAUCGAGUUCGCGAGUGCAUCAUUUUCAACGAUAUUUCCACCUCGAAAAUGACAAUUUGAAGCCUUCAAGAUGUCAAACGAAACCGAAGACACGUCUGCUCUCUGCCUUCAGGGAUUCCUCAGCAUCGGUACAUUUUACUCGGAGAACAUCAGCGGAUACGCGGAUAUCCCGAUAUGCAUUAUUGGCGCAGUUUUCAACCUCUUUAACGUAUUGGUUUACACGAGGAAAAACAUGAUCUCUCCAGCUAGUACGAUUUUCACGCAUUUAUCUUUCAUUGACUUGCUGGUUUUACUAGCUUAUGUACCAUUUUCGUGGCAACAGUAUAUUCGUAAAAAAGAUGAAGCGUUGCCUUAUAAAAUGGUGCUUUUUUCGUUACUCUGUAACGAUCUUUCGGUACUGUUGCAUGCUAUAUCGAUAUGGCUUACGAUUAUGUUGGCUGUGUGGAGGUAUAUAGCUGUGGUGCAUCCUUUGAAGGAAGUUCAGUGGUGUAAUAUGAAAGCCACGAGGAAUUUGGUGGCGACUGGGUACGUGCUGUGUACUGUACUCUGUAUACCUUUGUUUUCUUCGCAAACUAUCGAGGAGGAGAUUGAAAAUGGGCAGACGGUGUAUUUGGUCGUGUUCAGAGAUAAUCCAGUGAUGUAUUCGUUGACUUUCGUUAUUCACGGAGUGUUGCUGAAAUUGAUGCCGUCGUUGGUGCUGGCUUUUGUGAGUUAUAGACUGAUAGUCACGUUGUUGAUAUCGAAGAAACGCCACCACAAACUCACUUCAUCUUCAGUUCUCCAAAAAACACCGGAAAAUAUCAAAAGGAAGCAAAAAGUGGACCGAUCCACGAAAAUCCUGUUAGCAGUCCUGGGACUAUUUUUAAUAGCCGAAGCUCCUCUAGGAAUACUCGGUUUAUUGAACGCAAUCUACAGACAUAGCAAAUACUACGAAUGUUACGAUAAUUUGGGACGAAUAUUAGAUACGGUAGCUUUAAUUAAUACGUCAGUCACUUUCGUCGUGUAUUACCUUAUGAGUCAGCAAUUUAAAAAAACUUUCGAAUCUUUGUUCGGUCGUUUCAACUCAAUUUAUUCUCGAAAAGAUGUCAUCGCGCGGAGGGUUAGUGGAAAUACGACUAGUUCGGCCACUUCUGAAGUUUGAAAUGAUUUCUAUUAAAACCUAAAAAUGUGAAUUUGUAGGUUAUCUCUUAAUCUCUGGGGCCAAAUAUUCGGGGGAAUGGAAUAAUCGAAGCAGAGCAAUCCAAAAAAUAAGGAUGGUAUCGUGAAGCGAUGGUGUGGGCAGAGGUUUCGAUCUGCGUCCAAUUCUGAAUACAUUCUUCCCUCUCUCAUUCCCAUCAACCUAAUUUAUAAAUGCUUAAAUCCAAACAAACCAAGUAUGUAUCAGGUUUGUUCGGACUUUUUUUUUUUUUUUGAGAACUUAUAAAAUAAAUUAUCAUGUAAGUUACAUAGGUAGGUACAUUUUACAUUUAUAGCAAACACAAAUUUACGAACUAGAAACAAAAAAUUACUGUAAAAAUCCUUUGCGGAAGAUGAAUGCGUAAUAUGUGAUAAUAUUGAUAAUAAAAUAAUGAGUAACUACAUGUAGGGUUAUCAAAGGCAUAAAAACAUGUGUUUGGAAUUUUAUACCUAAUCAACAUUGUACGUGAAGCAUCAAAUACAUACCUAUCAGUGAAUUAUUUUUCAAAUGUACUUCUCUUCAUAUUUAUCUAAUCAUGGUUCAUUGAAAACGGUUCUCAAAUAAAAAUUUUUCAAUUAUUCGUUUAA